CAUUUGGAUUCAUGACUACCACCUGCUGCUGGUACCCCGUAUGGUCCGUGACAAGCUACCGGACGCAAAAAUUGGCUUCUUUCUUAUUGGUUUCCAAUGCAAGGAAUAUACGGAGCAUUUCUUGUCGACUUGCGCACAGAUCUUGCUCGUAGAGACCCUCUCCGACGGCGUACAACUUGAGCAGUAUUUCGUCAAUGUCAUCAGUCAGCCAAUAGGAAUCAAUCCUCGUUUGGUGGAAGAGUCACGGAGACAGGAUGAAGUCAGAUUUUGGAUCGAUGAGCUGAGCGAGAAAUUCAAGAACCGGAGAAUCAUCUUCGCACGAGACAAACUUGACAAUGUUCAUGGCGUCCGUCAGAAGCUUCUCGCUUUCGAAACCUUUCUGCAAAUAUUUCCGGAGAUGAAAGAGAACGUUGUUAUGAUCCAGAUUGCGACAUCUGCCACUGAGCAGCUCGAGCUUCUCGUCUCGGUUUCGGACAUUGUUUCUCGCAUCGACAGCUUGUAUUCAUCAUUGUCCCAUCAGCCUCUGGUGUUCUUGCGCCAGGAUCUGACACUGCCGGUCUACCAUGCCAUUCUCAGCAUCGCAGAUGUUGUGAUGAUAUCUUCGUUGAGAGAGGGCAUGUGUCUUACCGCUCAUGACUAUAGUUUCUGUCAAGAUGGAAAGCUCUCUCCCAAGAAACAUGGUUCUGUGAUUCUGAGUGAAUUCACCGGAAGCGCAGCGGUCUUGGAGGCCCAUUACUACCAGAAGCUGCAUCCAACUCAUGUUUCGAUCAAUCCUUGGGACAAUCGCGGCAUGGCUCAAGCCAUCAAAAAAGCAUUGGAUCUCACUGCUGCGGAAAGAGAAGCACGAUGGCAUCGCCUGUAUGAGCUGGUUAUGCAUCAGACCGGUACACACUGGUCGCAAGUUCUUCAGCGCACACUAGACAUUGUCUACCAAGAGCAUCAUCAGCGAGCAUCAGUAGCUGUUCCUCGGCUUGACGUCCCUAACCUUGUGCGACAGUUUUCCAAAUCAGAGCAACGUUUCUUCGUCGUCGAUUACGACGGUACUCUAAUGCCCCAUCGAAGCAGCUCCGGCUUCCAACCUGGCUCGCCACGGCGAAUGCUCGAGGUGCUCUUCGGGCUGUUGGUUGAUCCGCGGAACAUCGUCUACAUCAUGUCGGGCCGCACACCUCAGCAGAUGGAGAGCGCGUUCAGUACCCUUCCUGAGCUCGGGUUGAUAGCUGAGAACGGCGGGUACAUUCGCAGUUUCGGCAGUAGCCAUGGCGAGUGGGAUGCUGUCGCCGAUGAGCAGGACGUACGGGCUUGGAAGGAGCAAAUCAUGCCCAUAUUGGAGUACUAUCGCGAGAGGCUUGAUGACAGCACGAUCGAGGAGCGUCUGUGCAGUAUCCUCUUCCGGUAUGACAAGUGCCAGGAUCAAGAGACAGCUGUGCGCCAGGCUAGCGAAUGCGCAGUUCAGAUCAAUGGCGCUGACAAGGCGCUGCACAUUCGCGCUGUACCUGUCAAUAAAGCCGUCUUGAUCGAGAUGGAAUCUUUUGACAAGGGCAAAGCAGCAGCGACCGUCUUCAAACAGCUCACUGCGCCAACGACACGCGGUCGUCAAUCUACGGUAUCGCCAGAUUUCCUGAUGGUGGCAGGCGACGAUCGCGAGGACGAAGCUGUGUUCCGCUGGGCGAAUGAGCUCGGCAAGGAAAAUGCUGUUCGUCACGUCUUUACCGUUACAGUCGGCAAACGCAAUACGGAGGCUCAAGCCACGCUUGACCGCGGUGCGACGAGUCUACUAAAUGUGCUCGACAAGCUGGCAAAGGUGUCGGUCGAUCGCGCUUUGCCUUUCCGGAGCUUCUAUCAACAACCAAAUCAGCUGCCCCGAAACUUUACAUUUCCAGCGUGAGGAGGAUCCAUCGGUCAGCGCAGGUGCUGUGCUGCAGAGAGAAUAGCGUGGAUUGGGAGCAAGGCCUUUCCUGUGAACCUGUACGAUGGAGCUCCAGAGUCUUUGUCGCGUUGGCUGGUCCAAAUACAGUACCUAGAUAUUAUCAUUGCGAGCAUCACUCCCUGAGCUUUGCUCAUAAUUCUCCAUAGUCGAUUGUGAGCAGCCCCUAAAAAUUCACGUCGUACCCGGCCAACGCUCUUGCGCAUUCGUGGGAAACCGCUGCAAUCCA